UUCAUCUCCUCGGUUUCGCUUUUAGUUUUAGCCCUAGCAAACUCGCUAAAUCACUUGGAGAUUUGCUCCUCUUUAGUCUUUAAUGGGGUUCUUGAGCUGCUGAUCUCCUCCAUUUUAGCCACUCCUAUUCGUCUUUUUCUUCUUCUGUCGGGCUUGCUGUUUCGUUGGAGCUUCUGGCCUGCGUUGCUCCGUCAUUUUCCCCAGGUGAUCGUCGCUGAAAUUCAUCCAAUUUUGUUGGAUCAUCCCUCUGGGGUUGCGACAUUUGCUUCGUUUGAUUAGAUUUCGCCGAGUUUAUUGAUCUUCCCAAGCGUGUCAAGUUUCCGCUCUCUCUCUCUCUCUCUCUGCAUCUGGGCCCUUCUAGUCGCUAGUUUCUGUGGAAGAUUAGGGUUUGUGGAUCCCCAUAUCACCCCGUGAAUUAAGUUAUUCGAGGACUUGGCUACAUUUGAUAUAUGUUAUUUGCUGCAAUAACGCAUAUAUUCUGCUCGUAGAACGUAGAAAUCCAGAGAUUUUAAUUGGAGAAGAGAGAUCAGCUAAUUAUAACACGAUGAAGAGGGUAAAAAGCGAAUCUUUUAGCCCUAGGAGGUUCAAGUUGUCGCAUAUCUUGCUGGGUGUUGCUGGACUUUACUUGAUUUUUUUAGCGUCUAAGUUCCCGCAUUUCAUCAAGAUGGUAGCUACUUUGACCGGGGAUACUGAAUUGGAUGAUAAAGUAUCGUAUACGGACCAUGUAGAUUCGAGCAGAGCAUUGGUGAGUUCUUUCCAUAAAGACAGCUUCCAUCGUAGAUUAGAAGAUGAUGAGGACCAAAACGGGCCUUCUAUGCCAGAUAAAAUGCCAGUGGCAGAGAAGACAAGUGGAACAAAACCCAUAAAUCCACCCGAGUUUCGAUAUGGUCGAAUAACAGGAGAGAUUACGAGAAGUAGAAACAAAACCCUUCACACAUCACCGAUUGAGAGGAUGGCAGAUGAGGCUUGGACAUUGGGAUCCAAGGCUUGGGAAGAUGUGGAUAAGUUUGAUGUAACAAACAUUGAAGAGAUUUCCUUGUAUGAAGGUAAUAAUGAAUCGUGCCCGUCUUAUAUCUCGAUAACUGGAGAGGAGUUGGACAAGGCAGAAGGGGUCAUGUUUAUCCCUUGUGGUCUUGCUGCAAGUUCUUCUAUCACAAUUAUCGGUACCCCACAGAAUGCACAUAAAGAAUCUCUACCCCAGCUUUCAAGAUUGAAAAGAGGGGACGGAAUGGUUAUGGUUUCACAGUUUAUGGUUGAACUGCAAGGGCUGAAGGCAGUGGAUGGGGAGGAUCCCCCUAAGAUUCUCCAUUUGAAUCCUAGAAUAAAGGGUGAUUGGAGUCACAAGCCUGUAAUCGAACACAAUACAUGCUAUAGGAUGCAAUGGGGGACUGCCCAGAGAUGUGACGGUACCCCAUCCAAGAACGAGGUUGACAUGCUUGUUGAUGGAUCCCGAAGAUGUGAAAAAUGGAUGAGGAAUGACUUGGUAGACUCAAAAGAAUCCAAGACAACUUCUUGGUUCAAGCGUUUUAUUGGACGUGAACAGAAACCAGAAGUCACUUGGUCAUUCCCUUUCGCUGAAGGCAGGCUUUUUGUCCUAACUUUGCGAGCUGGCAUCGAUGGCUUCCAUAUAAACGUUGGAGGGAAGCAUGUGACUUCUUUCCCUUAUCGACUGGGAUUCACCCUCGAAGAUGCCACUGGGCUGGCCAUUAAAGGAGAUGUAGAUGUUCGUUCUAUCUAUGCUACUUCUCUUCCAACAUCUCAUCCAAGUUUCUCACCACAGAAAGCAUUAGAAUUUUCCCCAGUGUGGAAGGCUCCUCCUUUGCCAAGCAGACCUUUUCGUCUUUUUAUCGGGGUUCUAUCUGCAACUAACCAUUUUGCGGAGCGAAUGGCAGUAAGAAAGACAUGGAUGCAGCAUUCAGUUAUUAAAUCUUCGGAUGUAGUGGUCCGCUUCUUCGUUGCUCUUAAUCCAAGAAAGGAAGUGAAUGCAAUGCUGAAGAGGGAGGCUGAGUAUUUUGGAGAUAUUGUGAUUCUGCCUUUUAUGGAUCAUUACGAGCUUGUAGUUCUCAAAACAAUUGCCAUUUGUGAAUUUGGGGUUCAGAAUGUGACAGCUCCAUAUAUAAUGAAGUGUGAUGACGACAAUUUUGUCAGAAUAGAACCAAUUUUGAAAGAGAUCGAUAGAGUCCCUCCUGGAAAACCCUUUUAUAUGGGCAAUUUAAAUCUCCUGCAUCGUCCUCUGAGAACCGGAAAAUGGGCAGUUACAUGGGAGGAAUGGCCAGAAAAUGUGUAUCCACCUUAUGCAAAUGGACCUGGAUAUAUAAUAUCCAGCAACAUUGCUAAGUACAUUGUUUCUCAGAAUACAGAUCAAAAGCUGAGGCUUUUCAAGAUGGAAGAUGUAAGCAUGGGAAUGUGGGUGGAGCAAUUCAACUCUUCGAUGCCUGUUCAGUACUCUCAUAGCUGGAAGUUUUGUCAGUACGGUUGCACGCUAAACUAUUACACCGCGCAUUACCAAUCUCCUAGACAGAUGAUGUGCCUGUGGGACAAGUUGUUGAGAGGCCACGCUCAGUGUUGCAAUUUCAGAUGACAAAACAAGCAUCAGCCUGGUUGGUGACAUUACAGGAUUACUGGCUCGGCAUGGUAGAGACCCUUUUGUAAGUUCAUCCUUAAUGUUAAUGUUUGCCCUAGAAAGGUGAGUGUUGCAAUCUCUUGUUGUAAAUGGAUGUCAUGGAGAAUCGACAUAUCAGUCGAGAUUUAAGUAUAAAAGAUCGAGCUUUUCUCGAGAA